UAUGUUCGGUUCGGUAUCGUUUGGUCCAAACAUCGAUUUGGUCCAGUUCAAUCUGGUAUGAGCAACACUGUUGCACGCCCCUACCUCACUUGCACUCGUUAAAACUCGUAAGAAUAGAGAAACUCUCUCCAGAGAUGUUAUUGCUUUCAAUAUUUAUGGAUGAAUACAAUUUAGGGUCAGGUGCUCCUUACACAGGCUCCGCCUCCAAAAUAGAUAGCUAAGAUUAACCAAGUCUUCAGACCCUUUCGGGUAAUUCACGAUGUCCUCAUCAUGGCGCCUUCUUCACAGUAGUUGCAUUGUUUGCAUGGUUGUGACACCCUUGUAGGCGAACCAAGUGUAUGUGAAAGAGUUUUGCAUUUUCAGGGCAUAACUAAAUUUUUUCCAUCUCCCUCUUGAAGUCCUCCUACGUCUCCAUGACGUAUGUCCCUCCACCAUAACAUAGUGGUAUCAACGAGAUAAAGGAGUGGUACGUACCAUAGCAUUCUCGUUCUGAAUGUCGGAUGCCUCGAAAUAUUGGUCAAGAUUCAAUAGGAAGUUCUCUAACUCUCUCGCAUUCCUUGACUCUCCAUAGGUCCUAGGUUUCAGAACACCCAUACUUGGGGCGGGUUGUGACACUAUAGGUCUGUUAGCCAUAACCCUAUUCAGGAGGUUCACCUCUCCCUGAGCUCCACUAUCUCGUUGUUCACACUAGCAAGCUCGACCCGAGUCGUCUCACUGAGGUGUUGUCGAGGAUGCCAAGUAGCUCACUGCGAAGUGCCUCCAACCCCGACAUGUGUUGCUCCAUGAUUCACAUGUCACCCAAAGUUGUUGGACGCUUGUCUCCACUCACGAGUGCUUCAGUAAUGUCCAUUUUCACUAGACUACUUGUUACUUUAUAUGAGAUAAUAAUUGUAUCACGCUAUCCUUUUGGAGAUGAACUAACAUACAUUCACAUCUUCAUCAUACCUAUUACCUCUAAGACCAUUCAUGUAAUGUAGACUAUUUCAAGUGAUGAAAUUUAUAUUAUCCCCGAUGAUAUCAUGUGAUAUGUACGGAAAAAAAAUUCUCUACAUUGAUGUUAAGUAUACCCGUCUGUCCAGUUUUAACAUAUUAAUAGAUUUCGUAGCUUUCAAUGAACAACUUGGUCGUUGUAGUAUAGUGGUGAGUAUUCCCGCCUGUCACGCGGGUGACCCGGGUUCGAUCCCCGGCAACGGCGUCUUUUUUUCCCCCCAAUAUUUUCAUUUUCUCGACCUCGCUGAAAAGCGCGCCAUUAUCAUAUUUUCAAGGUGUUUCUCCUGCUUCUAGGGUUUAAGGUUUUCUGCUCUUCUGGAAGACAGCAGGAAGUGAUGGAAGCAAAGGAGUAGCAAGUGCAGUUCAGUAGAAGGCUACCUUGAUUUUUCUUCAUAUAUAUCUUAUUUUUGAAUUACGCGCGCAUAGAAGACCUUCUCCUACUGCUCAGCCAUGGAAAUGGAUGAUUCUGAGCACGUGGUUCCGUUCCAGCUUCAGUUCGACAAGCCCGUCGCUUUCUCAGGUGAAAAUUGCGGAAUGGAACCCGGAGAAGGAUCUAUUGGCAAUGGUGACGGAGGACUCGAAAAUCACGCUCCAUCGAUUCAAUUGGGCAGAGGCUAUGGACCAUUUCACCAGCUGAUGCUUUUCGAUGAGUUUCUGGGAAUUUGGUCAGGCAAAUCCAUUACGUCUUUGUGUUGGCGCCCGGAUGGUAAAGCGAUAGCUGUUGGGCUUGAGGAUGGAACCAUUUCGUUGCAUGAUGUAGAGAGUGGGAAAUUGUUGAGAAGCUUGAAGUCUCAUACUGCCCCUGUCGUCUGUCUUAACCGGGAAGAGGAGAGUGAACCGAACAACACUGGCAACUCGUUGGUGUUUGAAGAUCGUACUCCCCGAUUCUUUCCUCCUGCUCCAAGGGCUCCACGGAUGCCUGGUGUUGUGACGAGUGAUGCCAGUUUCAUGGAUGAUAAUGAAGAUUCAUACAGGCAACUUUCCAAUUCGUCAUACCAACGCUUUAAUAUUUUGUGCAGUGGAGACAAAGACGGGAGCAUUUGUUUUAGUAUAUUUGGAAUAUUUCCGAUAGGAAAAGUUAAUGUACAUAAAUUUCCUGUACCUGUAACAAACACUGAUGAAACUCGGCAGCUUAUUAAUGCUUCCAUAUACAAGGUUGCACUAUCAAAGGACUUCUGUCACUUGAUUGUCUUUUUCUCUGGAGACCUCAUUGAAAGUACAGCUGCUGCUUCAGAAGCAGAUAAAAUAGCUGGUCGUGGCAUGCAUUGCUUAGUGCUAGAUAUUUCUGUAUUUGGAAAGAGGAAGAAUGUGAUAAGGGGCUUCCACUAUGUUUUUCCCUUAUCAGCUGGUUCCUGUUAAUCCGAGACAGGGAAAUGUGUUUUUGAGAUCUGUGUAAACUACUUUCUAGUUGAUUUCUUAAACCAAAGCAUAAAAGAGAAAUUUCCAU